AUGAACCGGUCACUGACCCUGCUAAACUCUUCGGAGGUUAGUGAGAGUAACACUUGGCACCUGAUCUCUGUAAUCAUUCCUUUGGUGUACUUUUUGAUUUUCCUGGUAGGCACCGUAGGCAACUCUCUGGUCCUUGCAGUGCUGCUGAGGAAUGGGCAAGUGAACAAUACCACCAACCUCUUCAUCCUCAAUCUUGGGGUGGCUGACCUUUGCUUCAUUGUCUUCUGUGUGCCCUUCCAGGCCACCAUCUAUAGCCUGGACAAUUGGAUCUUUGGCCCCUUCAUGUGCAAAGCAGUGCAUUUCUUCAUCUAUCUGACCAUGUAUGCCAGCAGUUUCACUCUCACAACUGUAUCCUUAGAUAGGUAUCUGGCUAUAAGGUAUCCUUUGCAUUCCAGAGAACUAAGGACACCCAGAAAUGCUGUCAUUGCGAUUUGCUUCAUCUGGGGUCUGUCAUUCAUCUUCUCAGGACCGUAUGUCAGCUACUUCCAGGAGUAUCAGAUUACCAACAUUACUGUCUGUCAUCCCAUCUGGGAACUGUCACAGCGCAAGAUUAUGGAUCUCUGCACCUUUGUCUUCAGCUAUGUCAUCCCAGUGCUGAUUCUCAGCUUCACAUAUCUAAAGACCAUCCGCUAUCUCUGGACAUCUGUGGAUCCCAUGAAAGUCAUGUCUGAUUCUAAGAAAGGUAAACGCAAAGUCACUCGGAUGAUCAUUAUUGUGACUGUUCUCUUCUGCCUUUGUUGGCUGCCCCAUCACUUGGUCAUCCUUUGUUUUUGGUUUGGCAAUUUCCCCCUCAAUAAUGUUACCUUUGUGCUCAGGGUCCUGUCUCACCUAAUCUCAUAUGCCAAUUCCUGUGUCAAUCCUAUUGUCUAUGCCCUGGUAUCCAAGCAUUUCCGGAAGGGAUUCAAAAAGAUCUUCAGUUGCCUUCUGCAUAAAAGAGUAACCAACAAAGUUCAUGUAGCACAGGUGACCCACACAGUUAGCACUUUGGAGGCAGACUUGACGGAGGUAAUAGAUGUCAAUGAGCCUGUACACACAGGAGCUUCCAUCUGCUGUCACAUCCCAGUUCAGACAUGGAAUAAGGCAGAACAGCUGAGCCAUCAAGAGAAAGCUGCCAACUCUCAUCACUUUCAAUGUUACUUAAGAUAA